AUGGGCAACACCAACCCCCCUCAUAUUCUUGACAUUCGUCGAAGCAAAUUUGAAGAAUCCAUCCCGAAACAGGUCGAAGCAGGGCUCUUGUCAAGUCCGAAGACCCUUCCCGCUUUGCUGUUUUAUAGCACGGAAGGGAUUCAACAUUGGAAUCGCCAUUCCCAUGCCCCUGACUUUUAUCCGAGACAUGAGGAAAUUCAGAUAUUAAAGGAGCAGGCCACAGAUAUGGCUGCAUCAAUUGCCGAUGGGAGUGUAGUUGUUGACCUGGGAAGCGCGAGUUUAGAUAAAGUUAUCCACCUUCUAGAGGCUCUGGAAGCUGCGCAGAAGAAAGUCACCUACUAUGCCUUGGAUUUGAGCUUCUCAGAGCUCACUUCGACGCUACAAGCCAUCCCCACCGAGCAGUUUAUCCAUGUACAGUUUUCAGCUCUUCAUGGAACAUUUGAAGACGGUCUGCACUGGUUAAAAGAGACGCCAGUUAUUCAAGAUCAACCACAUUGUCUCUUGCUGUUUGGGCUGACAAUCGGAAACUUCUCCCGUCCGAACGCAGCGGCAUUCCUGCGUAACAUUGCCUCCCAGGCGCUUACUGGAUCGCCUUCCCAGAGCUCUAUUUUACUUACUCUAGACAGCUGCAAGGUCCCAACGAAGGUUACCCGCGCAUAUACAGCAGAGGGAGUCGUCCCAUUCGCACUGGAGUCGCUCAGAUAUGCGAACACCCUCUUCCCACAGGAUGGAGAAGAAAGAGUAUUUGAUCCACAUGACUGGCAUUUCCUGAGCGAGUGGAACUACAUUCUCGGAAGACAUGAGGCAUCGUUGAUCCCGCAAUCACGAGAUAUCAAGCUAGGAAGCCCCCUGGAUAGAAUUGUUGUAGCUAAACACGAAAAAAUUCGUUUCGGGUGCAGUUACAAAUAUGACUGUGGUGAGCGCAAGGAGCUCUUCGAAUCAGCGGGACUGCAUGAUGUGAAAAUAUGGUCCAAGGAAGGCUGUGAUGUGGCAUUCUACCAGUUGAAAUGCUGCCCAAACUAA